AGAGUGAGAUCCGGAAACACUUCCCCCUGUGCUGAGCCCUUCUGGGUUGCAGUUCCUCAGUUCUUUCCCAAUUCACCUCCCUUUGCCAAGUGCCUGGCUCCGAUGCUGUCCUUCCCCCCUCCCAAGAGCGUGCAGCUGGCUCUCUUGCUUUGCUGCUAUCUGCUAGGGAGCAGCCAUGCUCUGCAAGCUUCUGAAAAGGAUGGGAGCAUGGUUCAGUUGCCUGGCGGGAAGUUCCAGAUGGGGACAAAUUCACCCGAUGGUCGAAAUGAAGAAGGGCCUGUCAGGGAGGUGAUAGUGAAGGCAUUUGCUAUUGACAAAUAUCCCAUCACAAAUAGGAAUUUCAGGGAAUUUGUCAGAGAAAAGAAAUACAAGACAGAAGCAGAAACAUUUGGCUGGAGCUUUGUCUUUGAGGAUUUUGUAUCUGAAGAGCUGAAAAAGAAAGUGACCCAGAAACUGGAGUCUGCCCCCUGGUGGUUGCCAGUUGACAAGGCGUACUGGCGACAGCCAUCAGGUCCAGGAUCCAGUAUAAAAGACAGGCUGGAUUACCCUGCGUUACAUGUCAGCUGGAACGAUGCCCAGGCAUUUUGCAAGUGGAAAGGCAAAAGACUUCCUACGGAGGAGGAGUGGGAAUUUGCUGCAAGGGGAGGACUAGAGAGUAGAAUAUAUCCUUGGGGAAACAAGUUUCAAGUAAAUCGCACGAAUCUGUGGCAGGGAAAUUUCCCAAAGGUUGAUAUGGCAGAAGAUGGUUACCAUGGUGUUUCCCCAGUGAAAGCAUUCCCUCCUCAGAACAGUUACGGGCUCUAUGACCUGUUAGGGAACACUUGGGAAUGGACUGCCUCAGAGUAUUUACCUCCUGCAGCUUCAUCAAGACAACGUGCUCAGAAAAUGCAUGUCCUGCGGGGCGCAUCUUGGAUUGACACAAUAGAUGGAUCAGCCAAUCAUAAAGCUCGUGUUACCACAAGAAUGGGAAACACACCAGAUUCAGCCUCUGAUAACUUGGGUUUUCGCUGCGUUGCUGAUAUCAACAAUCUCACAACUAUGAAAACCGGGAGGAAAACAGAGCUGUGAAUAAGUCCCUUAGUGAAAAUAACCUCAGACAUUUUCUCCUGUGGAGAUGAACUGUAAUUCCCUGUGGCUGGGUUUGAUCCAAAUUUAGCAAGUUUUAAAAAUUUGCAACUAAAUCUUCAUUUUUGCAAAGGCAGGUUUCAGGCAUUGUCUUUUUUUGGUCUAAUUAAUUCCUUAAUUCCCUGUUGGCUUUUGUAAAUGCUGCUGCUCUACUUUCAGCUAACCUCAUCAGCAGCCCCAGUGGACACAGUUCUGCAAGCACUUCAUGGAAACAGUUCCACGGAAAUCCAGAGAAAUACUCAUGAGCAACCUCUUGCCAUCUCAAGGGUAUUUAAGUGCCAAACACGCAAUGAUUUAAAUUAAAACAUGAUUGAAAUCAA